CGCCGCCCGCUGCAGGGCGCCUCUGCUCCGGCCUCGCGCAUGUAUGCAGUCAUGGAGAAGAUCCUUCAGAGGAAGAGUCUUAGGAUGCACAAUUUUCAAAGAAGUUGGCAGGAAUCACCUGAAGGUGUUAACAUGGUAGAAUUUCGAAAAUCGCUCCCAGCAUACAAGGAGAAGGAAAGGCUUCUGGCAGCCAUUGCACGUAAUCAGAUCAUAGUUAUUUCUGGGGAGACAGGGUGUGGAAAAACAACACAGUUGCCUCAAUUUGUGUUGGAGUCAGAGAUACAAUCUGGUCGUGGGGCCUUUUGUAAUAUAAUCUAUACACAGCCACGAAGAAUAUCUGCAAUGGCUGUUGCAGAAAAAGUAUCCACCGAAAGAGGUGAAAACCUUGGUGAAUCGGUUGGCUACAAAGUUCGAUUGGAGGGAAUUAGAGGAAAAGAUACACAUUUACUUUUCUGCACCAGUGGUAUUUUACUGAGACGAUUGCUGAGUGACCGAAACUUGAAUGGAGUGUCUCAUGUAUUUGUUGAUCAAAUACAUGAAAGAGGGAUGAAUGAAGAUUUCUUAUUGAUCGUUCUAAAGGACCUAUUGUCACGGCGGCCUGAUCUAAGGUUGAUAUUGAUGAGUGCUACUUCAAACGCGGAACUGUUCUCAAGUUAUUUCGGAGGAGCGCCAACUAUCCACAUUCCUGGAUUCACACAUCCAGUGAGGACGCAUUUUCUAGAAGACAUAUUAGAAAGGACAGGCUAUAAGAUGACAGCAAAUAAUCAACUUGACGAUUACGGCCAAGAUAAAGUGUGGAAGACUCGGAGACAGCUAUUACCCAGAAAAAGGAAAAAUCAAAUUACUACACUUGUCGAGGAUGCCCUUCAAAAUUCGAACUUUGAAACCUAUGGCUCAAGGACACGUGAUUCUCUGGCAAACUGGAAUCCUGACUGCAUAGGGUUUAAUCUCAUAGAGGCUGUAUUGUGCCACAUAUGUCGUAAAGAGCGAGUUGGUGCAGUUUUAGUUUUUAUGACCGGAUGGGAUGACAUUAGCUCUUUGAAGGAUCAAUUAAAAGCACAUCCAUUGCUAGGUGACCCAAACAGAGUGUUACUGCUUUCAUGCCAUGGCUCUAUGGCUACUUCUGAGCAGGAACAACUGGAAAUGGAUUGGAUGCUCGGCUCACCCGGCGGCGGCUGCAGACCUGCUAGCGGUGGCGGUGCUACGGACGGGGAAGGCGCCACGGACGACGGCCAGUGCGCGACGACGGAGGACGGCUAG